AUGGACAAUACCACCGAACUCCCGCUUCGUGCUACCAGCCCCUCUGAACAAGACUUCAUGAAUCUCACCGUCGGCCAGCGAAGGGUACUCCAGGCCACCGAGAGGGUUGGCGCGUCUCUUAGCCUGAUAGGCGUCAUCUUGAUCUUCAUCACGUACGCCGCCUUCAAGCGCCUGCGUACCGUUCCCAAUACCUUUAUUCUGUUCGCCUCGAUUGCAAAUGUCGGUGCCAGCAUCGCGUGCCUGAUCGGCUUUGCCGGCCUGAACGCCGGGGAUGACUCGGCGCUGUGCCAGGUUCAAGCUUUCCUUCUCGAGAUGUUCAUGCAGUCCGACCCGUGGUGGUCUCUCGCCAUGGCGGUCAACGUCUACAUGGUCUUCUUCCUCGCGGCGAACCCGAACAGCUUCCGUCAAUACCUGUGGAUUUACAGCUUGGUCUGCUUCGGGGCUCCAGCCCUGCCUGCACUCAUCUGCCUCAUUCUUCGCAAAGAUUCACGGGGGAUCUACGGAAAUGCCACGCUAUGGUGUUGGAUUGACGACAACUGGAGCUCGCUACGCAUAUUCACCUACUACAUGCCCAUAUGGGUGUGCAUCCUGCUAUCUGGCGUCAUCUACUUUGCUGUCGGAUACCAGGUCUUUCACCAGCGUAACCAGCUGCGCAACUUGACGCUUAGCAACCCCGCUAAGGAAGUGUCCAGUUGCGAUAUAAGGGAUUCGGCGGAAAAGGCAUUUUCCGGCCAACAAGGCUGCUAUGCCACGGUCGUGACCGAGGUCCGAGUUACCGCUGAGCGUUCAGACGACAUCCUGCCGUCACCGCCGACGCCCACACCAUCCAUCGCGCCAGCCAACCGACCAUCCACCCAAGGCCCGUACCCCCAGCAUGCCUGGUCAUGCCAUUCCGACGGCGCGGUACCAGGCUGCCCAUCCUCGAUGACAGCACUAGCGACCUCUCCAUUCGCCACCAUAUCCAGCAUAUCAUCCAGUCGGGGCCCCCCGCAGCGGCGGACGCGGGACGGGUGGACGUCGCAGCUAGCGCGCUCGGCGGGCCGGUUCGCGGCCAAGAUCCGCAACCUGGACCCGGUCAAGCUGGCGUACCUGCGCACGUCGUUCGUCUUCGCCAUCUCGGUGCUCGUCACGUGGACGCCCAGCAGCAUCAACCGCGUCUACACGCUCGUGUACCCGCGCCGCUUCAACUUCGGGCUCAACCUCGCCAGCGCCCUGGUCCUGCCGCUGCAGGGCCUCUGGAACGCCGUCAUCUACUGCGCCACCAGCUGGCCCGCCCUGCGCGACGAGGUCGGCGACCUGAGGGCCAGGGUCGCGAGGCGCGCGGCCGGCGGGAGGGCGGGGCGCGGCGGGAGGGCGGAGGGGUCGGCGUCGCGGUAUGGAUGGGCGGGGGGAGGGAGGCGGGAGGUCGAGCUGAGGGCGAGGGCGGCUACGGUGAGAGUUUUCAGGGGCGGGUCGCUGUGAGGGUGCGCCGUUUAUGUCUAAUGUUUGAUGAUUUCUUAUCUUUGGUUUUUUGGAUGCUUCGGCUCAUUCCUCGUCCCUCCUUUUUUGCUGGCCGGGAGCCAGUCGGUAUAGAUAGAUAUCCUUCUGGUUAGGCGGAGAGCUGUUGUUGUCUCCUUGGGGUGGAGAUGCGAUCAUGAGAACAGCGAUCCCGUCAUAUAAUCUCACGUAGCGAUGAUCUGGGAAUCUUGGUUAGUUUUACCAACUGAGUGGCCACGAUGGCUCGCCAGCUCUUGUUUGAGAGAGGUUGAGCCUGAUAAUGAGUUCCAUGAUG